CUCAAAGUGAAUAGAUCUAACAAAAGAAAAGUUUAAAAAAUCUACAAAAAUUAUUUUCAAAAUUUUUGUUAAAAAAAAAUUCAUCAGAAAAAGGCUUUUUUUUAUUUAAUUAAAACAACCCGGAAUUCAUUCAUAAAUUAAAUCCACAACAAAGGAAGCAGCAGACAAAGCCACUCAUUUCCAUUAAUUAAGAUAAAAAAUUAUAAAACGAGAAAAAAAUUAUUGUUUGGUCACCGACAACAGUUGUUGUGGUACAUUUUAUGAACUGAACAGAAGCAAAAAAAAAAAACAGAAAAAAUUUCCCAAAAAUAAAACACAGACGUCAAUUGUACAUAACGAUCCCAGCAUUGCCAGUCAAACAAGAAACAAACAAAAAAAAAUUGUGUGUUGUAGAAAAUAAGAACAGCAGAGUUAUAUUUUAAUUAUACAAAAAUUUGUACAGACACGAAAAUGCACAUCCACCCAAGCUCGCCAAAUAGUUCGCCCAGUUCGGAAGACGACGCCGCCGCACGCAUUCAAGCCGGUUUCCGCGGAUAUCGAGUACGGAAGCAAUUGAAACAAGCGAAAAAAAUGAAGGAAACAAAGUCGCAAAAUGGAUCUUCAGGCGACUCGUCGGAAAAGCGCCAAAUUGAAGAGGAAUCUGCGACAAAAAUUCAAGCAGGAAUUCGUGGAUUUUUGGUUCGCAAACGCCAAAAGUUGGAAAAGGACGCUGCAGUUAAGAUCCAAGCAAAUUUCCGGGGCUUCAAGACACGCAAAGAUUUGCAUGACAAACGAAGUCUCUGAGAACGUGUCAAAAAUCUCCUUGCUAAAUUCAAUCCUCGCCGACGUCGGAAAAAUCUGUAGUGAUAAAAAAACCUUAAGAAAUUGAAUGAAAAGGGAAAAAUGGUCAUUUUAAUCCUUUUUUUGUAAUAAUUGUAAUUAUAUCGUAGAUUUAUUGAAGACUUUAUUAGAAUAUUCGUAGAUUACGCUUCAGAUUUUUUUCUUAGAAUAUUUAAAUAAUCGUAAGAGUCAAAAAAAUGAAAAAUUGGUAAAAAUUUCUAUUUUUAUUAACCAAAAAAAAAAAAAAAACAAUAAUAUUUAAUUAAAAUUUAGUAAUAUAAAUCGCCAUCGUAGUGAAAGAUAAAUAAAAU